AGUUGCUGUGCAUAGCAGUUUUUACCGUAGCUAGCCUAGCCCCCGGAGUGCCUGAUAAAAUUGCUACAUUGUAUCCCCACGGGGAAUCAAAUAGUGAAGUUACAUUGUAACCAGUCAUCGAAUCGAACGUCAUUCUGAGAUGUGUUUUUUUAGUUCGCUGGCUGCUAGGCUUUUCACCAACAAGCCAGGCGGUGUUGUGUGUUGACUGAAAAGAGGACAGUGUGCGUCAGCAUUCAAGAUGGACACCGCCGAGGAAGGGGAUAUAUGCCGGGUCUGCCGGUCUGAAGGAACCCAGGACAAGCCACUAUAUCACCCCUGUGUUUGCACAGGAAGUAUAAAAUUCAUCCAUCAAGAAUGCUUGGUACAAUGGCUAAAACACAGCAGAAAAGAAUACUGUGAGUUAUGCAAACACAGAUUUGCUUUUACGCCAAUCUAUUCUCCAGACAUGCCUUCCCGACUGCCUGUUCAGGACAUAUUUGCGGGGCUGGUGACAAGUGUAGGCACAGCUAUUAGAUACUGGUUUCACUACACACUAGUUGCCUUUGCUUGGCUGGGAGUCGUUCCUCUCACAGCAUGUCGCAUCUACAAGUGUCUGUUUACCGGCUCUGUGAGCUCACUCCUUACCCUGCCAUUAGAUAUGCUUUCUACAGAGAACUUGAUGGCGGACUGCUUGCAGGGUUGUUUUGUGGUGACGUGUACACUCUGCGCCUUCAUCAGUCUGGUGUGGCUGCGGGAGCAGAUUGUUCAUGGUGGCGCCCCCCAGUGGCUGGAGCAGAAUCAGCAGCAGCAGCCACAACAUGCACCAGCUCCACAACUUAAUGAGCAGGGUCCUGGGCAGGGGGUGGGUGAGAACCAGCCUGCUCCUGCUGCUGCUGCGCCCCUGGCGGACAAUGGUCCAGCGGCUGAGGUCCCUGACAUCCAGGUGGACCCGGUAGAGGACAUGGAGCUGGAGGACGAGGCUGGGGCUGAGGAUGUAGGGGACGCCAACAAUGGUGCACAAGAUGACAUGAAUUGGAAUGCCCUGGAAUGGGACCGGGCAGCAGAGGAGCUAACAUGGGAGAGGAUGCUCGGUCUUGAUGGCUCCUUGGUUUUCCUGGAGCAUGUCUUCUGGGUGGUCUCACUAAACACACUCUUCAUUUUGGUGUUCGCUUUUUGUCCGUAUCAUAUUGGACAUUUCUCAGUUGUGGGUCUUGGCUUUGAAAAUAAUGUGCAGGCCUCCCACUUCGAAGGCCUCAUCACCACCAUCGUAGGCUACAUCUUCCUGGCCAUGACAUUAAUACUGUGCCAUGGAUUGGCAGCGUUGGUGAGAUUCCAAAGAUCCAGACACCUUUUAGGAGUGUGCUACAUUGUUGUCAAGGUAUCCCUGCUGGUAGUUGUGGAGAUCGGUGUGUUCCCUGUCAUCUGUGGCUGGUGGCUCGACAUCUGCUCACUGGAGAUGUUUGAUGCCUCUCUGAAGGACAGAGAGCUGAGUUUUGAGUCUGCUCCCGGCACCACCAUGUUCCUCCACUGGCUUGUAGGGAUGGUCUACGUCUUCUACUUUGCCUCGUUCAUCCUCUUACUGCGAGAGGUGCUGAGACCUGGUGUUUUAUGGUUUCUCAGAAACCUGAACGAUCCUGAUUUUAAUCCUGUCCAAGAAAUGAUUCACCUGCCAAUAUACAGACAUCUCAGAAGAUUAAUUUUAUCAGUGGUGGUGUUUGGCUCCAUAGUUUUACUAAUGUUGUGGCUUCCCAUAAGGACGAUCAAAUUCAUCCUCCCAGCCUUCCUCCCCUACAAUGUCAUGCUGUACAGUGAUGCUCCAGUCAGUGAGCUCUCUCUGGAGCUGCUGCUACUUCAGGUGGUUCUGCCUGCGCUGCUGGAACAAGGUCACACACGCCAGUGGCUCAAAGGCCUGGUCAGAGCCUGGACCGUCACCGCUGGAUAUCUGCUAGACCUCCACUCGUACCUGUUGGGUGACCAGGAGGAGAAUGACGAUGAUGCGGACCAGCAGGACAACAACAAUCUGCAGGGGAGGAAUAACAACGCCAUCCCUGAUGGGCUGCACGCUGCCCACCAGGCUAUCCUACAGCAGGGAGGUCCUGUCGGCUUCCAGCCCUACCACCAACCCAUUAAAUUCAGCUUCAGGAUUGUGCUGCUGGUUGUGUUCAUGUGUGUGACACUGCUGGUGGCCAGUCUGGUGUGCCUCACGUUGCCAGUAUUCGCCGGCCGGUACCUGAUGUCUCUCUGGACGGGCAGCGCAAAGAUCCACGAGCUGUACACGGCAGCGUGCGGCCUAUACGUGUGCUGGCUGUCCAUCAGGGCCAUCACCGUUCUGCUGGCCUGGAUGCCCCAGGGCAGGAGGGUCAUUCUGCUCAAGGUCCAGGAGUGGACCCUCAUGGUAAUGCUCUGCAACACGAUCCUGAAGACGGUGGUUGUUGCUGUGCUGCUGGUUGGAGCCAUCCCUCUGCUGCUGGGCCUGCUAUUUGAGCUGGUCAUAGUAGCUCCUCUCAGGGUGCCAUUGGACCAGACACCACUCUUCUACCCCUGGCAGGACUGGGCUCUCGGAGUGCUCCAUGCCAAAAUUAUUGCUGCCAUUACUCUGAUGGGUCCCCAGUGGUGGCUGAAAGCCGUGAUCGAACAGGUGUACGCUAAUGGAAUUCGCAACAUUGAUCUCCAUUUCAUCAUCCGUAAGCUGGCUGCUCCGGUUAUCUGUGUGCUACUGGUGUCUCUCUGUGUGCCCUAUGUCAUCUCUGCUGGCAUCGUCCCCAUCGUAGCUCAAUAUUCCCCAGGAGUUACCAUGGAGAUGCAGAAUUUGGUGCAGAGGAGAAUCUACCCGUUACUGGUCAUGGUAGUCAUGCUGGUGGGAAUCCUCUCCUUCCAGAUCCGUCAAUUUAAGCGCCUUUAUGAGCACAUUAAGAAUGACAAGUACCUGGUGGGACAGAGACUGGUGAACUAUGAACGCAAGGCGGCAGGCAGAAGCACCACAGCCACACACAGCAGCUCUUCCCAAGAGUAGGAGCCGUUAUCACCUGACCUGAGAAAACAGACUCUAGCUGUGAGACCUCUCUUCACAUUCAUGACUCAAGCACUCGCCUCUCGCAAUGUCUUCUUUCACUCCCUGCUUACAAGCGUAGCCGGAGAACUGAGAAGUUUGUUUUACAAAAAAGAUUAAAAGGCAAAAUGACCCUGAUAACCAACCAACUUGGAUUUGAAAAAAUUGUUUAAUCUUUGUACAUCUUGAAAGAAAAAAAUUGUAUUUUGUGAAUUAAUUUAUUGAAGACUUUGUGUGAGUUCCUGUCGUUAGGUCUGGAUGGACUGCUACAGUACCUAACCUGUUUGAAUAGGAGGAGGCAGAGUCCCGGGAAGCCUCUUUUCAGCUCUGCUCUAUGGGAUAAUCCCAUUGGAACACAUGAUGGAUGCUCUGCUUUAGAGGGAGCAAUGUGAGACAAGGCUGAAGAACUUUGGGAUCAGUUUUUGUAGGUUGUAUUUAUUAGUUUCGAUUUCCCUUUUUAGGGGUUUAGUAUUACAGUGUGUGGGUGAGAGGUAUUACAGUGUGUGGGUGAGAGGUAUUACAGUGUGUGGGUGAGAGGUUAUUUGCAAGAAAAAAAAGUUCCUAUUGGAAUGGGUGAUUUAGUCUUUCUGUAGCAGGGCUUAAAGCAAGGGACUUUUUAAUUCAGAUUUAUAGAUUUCGGUUCACUGACCGGCCACAAAGGAGCUAAUGAGUGUGUCAGGCUUCCCUGAAUAGCAAUAUACUGACUUGAUGGUCUCCUGUCUCAGGCUGGGGUUAUUAAUUAACCUAGCUAGACAUAUGAUGUAGCUUUAGUGUUUAGUUUCAUUUGAGAGAACCCUAAAAGGCAGAGUAUCUGCUGAGUUUGGCAUUAGGAAUUUACAACAUUGUAACUGCUCAUGAAAUUUGGAUAAUUUCUACUCUACAUUUCUUGCUACACCUGUUAUUACUUAUGCACGAAUAUCAGUCUAUUGCACUUUUAAAAAAGCUUUAGCAUAGUGGCAAUCAUUCAUAAACCAUUUUAGUUAAAUCAAGUCAGUAUUUCAAUCUGGGGGUGAGGACACUAAAAUUAAAUUAAAUAUGAGUUUUCGAUCUAGUUUGACACUUUUAGGGGCUGUGUGUUGAGAUGUUUGUAAAUAAAGCUUCUUUUUUUUCCAUUUCACUGUGUACCAUUGUCUUAUCGGUUCAAGGUUUAAGACUUGAUUUCCAAUUUACAGAGAGUGUAUUAAAUCCUAAGAUUCUAUAAGUGACCUUCUAGUAACUUAAUAUACAAAACUGGAUGCUGGUGUUUACCUGUUGAGUUUAUGCUGACUCAUUUUAAGCAAAUGUUCUAUUUUUAUAAGUGCAUAUAGAGGCAGUUUCAAGUUGUGUAAAUCUUGUGUUGCUGUUUUAUACGCUUCAUGUUGUUUUUCUGUGUGUUCCUGAGUGGUCAAGUGUGUAUUGGUCAUCUUAAUAAAUGGCUACUUGAAAAACCCCAUAGAGGUGAAUAAUAGCAUAAAA